GCCCGCUGAGGUUUGGGGUUCGCCCGCCGCUAGGGGGUGCCGCGGCCUCGCGCCGUGCGGGCCGUUGCGUUUCCGGGCCGGGCCUAGCGUCGCCAUCUCUGUCGGGCGCGUCCCCGCCGCGCGCGGCGAAACGACUGCCGCUCCCGUUACCGAGGCAACCGCGGCGCCUCCUCCGCGCCGGCCCCGAUAGUCUCUCCGCGCCAUUUUCAAACUGUCCUGGAGCCGGAACCGGUGUCUGGGGCGGAAGGAGCCAGCAAGGGAGGCGAGGCGCGAGGGAGAAUGCGACCGCAGGCGAAGGGAGCAGCGGCCGGGUCUGCGGGAUUUUAACUUUUGGAAAUGAAUAAAACCAGUUUGGAAGACAAGAUGACUACAGCUGCAGAAAGAAAAUAUAUUAAUAUUAGGAAAAGAUUGGAUCAGUUGGGAUACCGCCAGACUCUGACAGUGGAGUGUUUACCUUUGGUAGAAAAACUUUUCAGUGAUCUAGUUCAUACAACAGAAAGUCUUCGGAAAUCAAAAUUAUCUGCUGUGAAAGCUGAAAAAGAAAGUGCCAAUUUUGAUUUUGUAUUGGAACCUUAUAAACUUGAAAAUGCAAAAUUGAGUAAGGAAAAUAAUGAAUUAUACCUGGAAUUAAUGAAACUGAGAGAACAAUCAGGCCAACACAUUAAAGAGUUGAAAACCACAUUGAAAAAGUGUGCACGUGAAACAGCUGAUCUGAAAUUUCUAAAUAAUCAAUAUGUUCAUAAACUCAAACUUUUGGAGAAAGAGAGUAAAGCUAAGAAUGAAAAAAUUCAACAACUUCAAGAAAAGAAUUUGCAAGCUAUAGUACAAACUCCAGGUGGCAAGAAAAGAAGUAUUGCUUUCAGGCGCCAGCGUAUGCAAAUUGAUGAACCAGUCCCUCCUUCUGAAGUCAGUUGUUACCCAGUUCCUCAGCCAGAUGACCCUUACAUUGCAGACCUCCUGCAAGUGGCUGAUAACAGAAUUCAAGAACUUCAGCAAGAAGUCUACCAGUUACAAGAAAAGUUAGCAGUGAUGGAAAGUGGACUGAGAGAUUAUAACAAGCAGAUUGAACUAAGAGAACGAGAGAUAGAACGACUGUCGGUUGCAUUGGAUGGGGGUCGCUCCCCUGAUAUCCUUUCUCUGGAGACUAAAAAUAAAGCCAACGAAAAGCUUAUUGCUCAUUUAAAUAUUCAGGUUGACUUUCUUCAGCAAGCUAAUAAAGACCUGGAAAAGCAUAUACAAGAGCUUAUGGAAACCAAGGAAACAGUAACUACUGAAGUUGUUAAUUUAAGUAACAAAAAUGAAAAACUCUGCCAGGAAUUAACUGAAAUAGACCAGUUAGCACAGCAGUUGGAAAGACAUAAAGAAGAAGUGCUCGAGACUGCCGACAAAGAACUUGAGGAAGCAAAGAAAGAGAUUAAAAAAAAGCUAUCUGAAAUGCGGAAUCUUGAAGAAACAAUGGGAAAACUUCAACUGGAAUUAAACUUAUGUCAUAAAGAAAAGGAGAGGCUGAGUGAUGAACUCCUUAUAAAAUCAGACCUGGAAACUGUUGUUCAUCAGCUUGAACAAGAAAAGCAAAGACUUAACAAAAAAAUUGAAAGUUUCGCAGUUACAGAAAGAGAACUUACUUUGGAAGUUGAGAGGAUGAGGCUAGAACAUGGAAUAAAACGACGAGACAAGUCACCUUCUCGUUUAGAUACGUUUCUGAAAGGUAUAGAAGAUGAACGAGACUUUUAUAAGAAAGAGCUAGAAAGACUCCAGCAUUUAAUACAGCGAAGAUCUUGCUCUCGAAGUCAUUCUACAUGUGAAAAAAUUUCAGUAAUUAAGACACUAGAAAAGGGUGAUUACAACUCAGAAAUUCAUGUGAUCACAAGAGAAAGAGAUGAACUUCAGCAUAUGCUAGAAAGAUUUGAAAAACAUAUGGAGGAUAUACAGUCCAAUGUUAAAUUAUUGACAGCAGAAAGAGAUAAACUAAGUGUCUUAUAUAAUGAAGCUCAGGAAGAAUUAUCUGCACUCAGACAAGAAUCUGCCCAAACCACAGUCUCCCAUAAUACUGUUAGUCUUAUGGAAAAGGAAAAAGAACUUGCAUUAUCUGACUUAAGAAGGAUUAUGGCAGAAAGAGAAGCUUUAAAAGAAAAGUUAAAACAUCUCCAUGAAAUGAGUAUUUUGGAAAAAUCAGAAUUAGAGAAAACUGUUGAAAAUUUGACAUGUGUUAAUCACCAGCUUGAGAACGAAAAAUGUGAAUUAAAGUCUAAAAUGUUAAAAAUGAAAGAAACAAUAGAGUCUUUAGAGAAAAAAGUAAAACUCCAAGCUCAAAAACUUAGCCAUGUGGCUGGUGACUCAUCUCAUCAGAAAACAGAGAUGAACUCACUUAGGCUAGUAAAUGAGCAGCUACAGCGGUCACUUGAGGACCAUCAGCACCAACUUUCCAUGAAAAGAAGUGAACUUGAAUCAGCACAAGCACAAGUUAAAAUACUGGAGGAAAAAAUAGAUAAACUACACUUAAAGAUGACUUCACAGAAUGAAGAGGCUCAUGUAAUGAAAAAGACCAUUGGUGUUAUUGAUAAAGAAAAAGACAUUCUUCAGGAGACUGUAGAUGAGAAGACAGAAAAGAUUGCAAACUUGCAUGAAAACCUAGCUAAUAAAGAAAAAGCUAUUACUCAGAUGAAGAUAACAGUCUCAGAGUAUGAAUCUUCUAUGAACCACCUAAAGGAAACAUUGAUUAAUCGGGACCGUGAGAUAAGCAGCCUCCGGCGCCAGCUUGAUGCAGCUCACAAGGAACUUGAUGAAGUAGGAAGAUCUAAAGAAAUGUCUUUUAAGGAAAACAGAAGAUUACAGGAUGAUCUGGCUACAGUGGCAAGAGAAAACCAGCAAAUUUCAUUGGAAUUAGAAGCAGCAGUGCAAGAAAAAGAAGAAAUGAAGAGUAGAGUUCAUAAUUACAUAACUGAAGUGUCACGAUGGGAGAGCUUAAUGGCUUCUAAGGAAAGAGAAAAUCAAGAUUUGUUAGAUAGAUUUCAGAUGCUUCAUGACCGUGCUGAAGACUGGGAGGUCAAAGCCCAUCAAGCUGAGGGAGAAAGCAGCUCAGUUCGACUGGAACUUCUUUCUAUUGACACCGAGAGGAGACACCUUCGAGAAAGAGUGGAGCUACUAGAAAAAGAAAUUCAGGAGCACAUAAAUGCACAUCAUGCUUAUGAAUCUCAGAUCUCAUCCAUGGCAAAAGCCAUGUCUAGAUUAGAAGAAGAGCUGAGACACCAAGAAGAUGAGAAAGCAGCAGUAUUAAAUGAUGUGUCAUCUCUUAGAGACCUUUGCAUUAAGCUUGAUUCAGGCAAAGAUAUUAUGACCCAGCAAUUGAAUUCCAAAAACCUUGAAUUUGAGAGGGUUGCAGUGGAAUUAGAAAAUGUAAAAUCAGAAUCAGAGCUGUUAAAAAAACAACUGUCAAGUGAGAGACAUACGAUUAAAAACCUUGAAUCAUUGUUGGCUACAAAUAGAGAUAAAGAAUUUCAUUCCCAUUUAACCUCCCACGAGAAGGAUACAGAAAUUCAGCUACUUAAAGAGAAGUUAACCCUUUCAGAAAGCAAAUUAAAUAGUCAAAGCCGGGAAAACACCAUGCUUCGGGCUAAAAUGGCACAAUUACAAACAGAUCUUGAUGUUCUGAAAAGGCAGAUUUCAACUGAAAGAUAUGAACGAGAACGAGCAAUCCAAGAGAUGCGUCGGCACGGUCUUCGCACACCACCCCUUAGUUCUACUCUGAAGUCUCCUUUACAUUCUCCUGAACAUACAAACUGAUUAUCAGAAAGAAUGAUGGCUUUCAUGAAUUGUCUAUAUGGAUUUUUUUAAAGGACAGACAGUAAUGAAAUAUUUGAAGCACUUGUUCCUGAAAAUUAUGAACAUUGACACAAAUUCUACCUCUGUCAACUUUUAUUUAAAUCAGUGAAUAUUUAUGUAAAAAUUUGGUUUAAAAGAGCUAUAUCCAUGUGUAUAUUUUCAUAUAUAUGACAGAACAGAAUAUGUAUGGAUAGUGCUAAUGUUAUAUUUGUAUUUUUAUUAUUCCUGACUUAAAUUACUUCUCAAAGUGUGUUUAUACUGUGAAUUAAUAUGAUGUAUUAUUCACAUUAUGCUUUAAUAAUUUUUUCUUAGUGAACCAUGAUAUAUGUAUAUAAAUAUUCUCAUUUCCAUGCCUGUGUUUAUAACCCAUAUCUUUAAUACAUUCACAAGGGAUGAUCAACUUUGAUGCUAUGCUGUCAUGUUUAACUUUUUUCUUCUAAAUGUAAAAUUAAUUAUGCACCAAUAUGCUAUCUAUCCUUGAGGGGACUAUAUUCAGGUCUAUUCUUAUAAUAGCAAAGGUCUUGAUAAAAUAAUGGUUGCCAUAUAUAAUUUGUUAUUGCCAACUAGAAGAACUGUGAUAGAAAAGAUACAUUCAUAUAUUAUAUACAAUAUACUAUUUUGGCUACCACAUGGACUCUUCACAUAAUAUAAAUGCUAUCAAAAGUAAACUAAAAGCUGUAUUUAGAAUUUUGUAAAACGAUAGAACAGAAAUUUGGGAUAUUUUUCAGUAAAUAAAAUUUAUCACUGUAUGAAUCUAAAAUUUUGAAUGCAAAAGUAUCAUCAUAUAGGGUAAAUACAGUAAAACAUUUUGUUAAAAUUCCAUUAUACAUUCAAUAAUAUCCAGUUUUUUGCUUCUAAACCUGUGUGUUGUAAUUUAUCAGUCUUCCAGAAUAGUAUGUAAACACUGACCUGUUGUGGCAUAUUAGAUAGAAAACAGCUUUUUACAGUGAAUUUUCAAAGUUGUAACUUUAAAGGAUUUAGAUAUAUACAGAUAUUAAUAAAAGAACAAAAGUACAAAAUAGAUUGUCAUACAAAAACUAAUCGUGUUUAAACCAUACUUUUGAAGAAAAUCCUGUUCUUAAUAGAUUUCAUUAUGAUCGAAAAAGAACUUAAAAACUAGCAUUGGAAAAUGGAAGACCAGUUAUUUAUGAUACAUUUUAUUUCCUCCUGUGGUUUAAUAAAGUGGAGUUUAUGUGUGAGUGUUUGUGUGUACCUGGGGGUGGACAGCACUCUUUUUCUAAAACUAAUAUUCCUUAUAUGUUCUCAUUAUGCCCUUUGCAGUAAUUGUGUAUUUGGUGUGAUGUGGCUUACUUUUUCACCAUCUAUGUAAUUUUAUGUAUUCUAUCUCCUGUGUGUGAAUUCAUGUAUUACAGCAAAGUACAAUAGAAAUGGGACUAUUUACAAUGUCAUAUGGAAAAUCUUUUAAUAAAUAUAUGUAAAUAAAAUUUUAAAAUUUGUCCCCACCUUUUCCCCAAAACAACAGCAAGGGAUAUUUUGUUCAAUAUUUUAUUUUUAAUUUAAUUUAAUUUAAAAAUGUAUAGUUUGCCAUAAUUGUUAUUUUCAUAACCAUGAUACAAUUUUUUAAAGUAGUUUUAUCUUGAAAUACUGAAUGUUCUGACCUUUUAUAGAUGUUUUUAAUUUGUUUUAAAUAAUUUUAAAUUAUGGAGCUUGACAUAGAUUUUCCAAUAAACUUUCCAGUCCAUUUA